GUGGACAAAUUCACUUGGCUACCUACCUAACCCCCUUACUUGCUUAAAAGAAACAAAAGAGAGGAAGCGGGGAAGAAAAGAAAAAAAAGGUAAAACGGCCCAAUGGCCUCGAUAAACGACCUCGCGACCGCAGCUACCAUCGCCUCGUCCGCCGUCGCCCUGCAGUCUUCCCCGAAACAGGAGAACGUCGGUCCCGCCUCAGCUGCCGCCUCUACCACCACCACAACCACCACUACUUCUACUACUGGAAUUAGUACUACUAGUAAUAAUAAACAAUCCCCUCCCCCCACCAGCGAGGAAUCAACUUCUAAACCCCCUUCCGCCACCGCGGCCCACGAAAUGGGCAAAGGCGCUGGCGCGGGCAUCAUCGUAGUCGGCGCCGCCGCCGACCGCGAGGACGGCGACUCGAUCACGGUCGCCACCGGCGCGCCGCCCGUGCUCGCCGCUCCGCUAAUCGACCCCCCCGAUCCCGCGCAGCAGGCGCGGAUCCCCGUUCCUCCCGCGGCGACGGUCGAGGGGGUUGGCGAGGGCGAAGGCGGGUCUAAUGCGGAUGGUGAGGAGGGUGGUGCUGGGGAAGCGGGUGCGGGUGCAGGUGCAGGUGUUGGUGGGAGUGUGGGUGGUGAGGUUGGGGGGGCAGGGAUGGGGGGAGACGCGAUGGAUGGCGUGGAGAGGGGGAAGCCGGUGAGAGGCGCGUUCGUGGUGUUCGAGGGUAUGGAUCGUGCGGGUAAGACGACGCAGGCUAAGCUUUUGCAGCAGCGGUGCGUGGAGAGUGGGCGGGAGGUUAGGUUUAUGCGGUUUCCUGAUCGGACGACACCGAUUGGGCAGAUGAUCGACUCGUACCUUAAGGGCGAGACGGAGGUCGAGGAUCAUGUUAUUCACCUGCUGUUUAGCGCGAAUCGGUGGGAGGCUGUAAAGAAAAUCAAGGCUGAACUCGAAGCCGGCCAUACAAUCAUCUGCGACCGCUUCUACCACAGCGGCAUCGUGUACAGCGCCGCUAAGAACAUCAAGUCCUUGAGCUUGUCCUGGGCCAAGGCUCCCGAAGUCGGUCUCCCGAGACCUGACAUGGUGCUGUUCCUAGACCUAGACGAAGAAGUGGCGCGCGAACGCGGUGGCUGGGGCGGUGAGGUGUACGAGAAGGGCGAGAUGCAGCGGCGCGUCAGGGACCUGUUCUGGAGCCUUAGCAUGGGAGAUCUCAACGGCAAUAGCAGCAGCGCCACGAAUAAGGUCCCAAGGAGGGGAGAUCCGGAGAGGCUGGGCAAUGGGUCGGGUAGAGCGGGCGACAGUGCGGGUAAUGAGGAGGGCGAGUUCAGGCAGGAGGAGGAGGAUAUUCAAAUCGUGGAUGCGGAUAUGGAUGUUGAGAGCUUGUCUGACAAGGUGUGGGAACAUGUUUUGCCUAGGCUGGAAGCGGUGGAGAGGGGAGAGGUUGGGAGAACGGUUAGGACGGUGCGGUGAGACGUAUCUUCCAUCUACGGCCUACUGAUCACUUUAAGUAUUU